AUGGAAUCUGAGAAUGUAGGUGGAUCAAUGGUAGACUGGUGGUAUAUGGACAUUGGUUGCUCAAAACAUUUAACUGGAAACAAGCAAUGGUUGGUUGAUUUUGUAUAUGGUAAAAGGACCAAGAUCAGUUGUGUUAAUGAUGAGUAUUUGAAUGCUAAAGGAGUGUUAAAUGUCAUAGUUAAGUUGAACAAUGGAAAAAUUGUGUUGAUCAAGGAUGUAUGGUAUGUUCCUGGCAUGAAUAGAAAUCUGAUCAGUGUAGGUCAACUAAUUGAAAAAGGAUUUUCAGUAACCAUGAAGGACAAUCGCUUUAAGUUAUAUAAUUGUAAUCAGAAGAUGAUUAUGAAGUUUGAACUGGGAAGAAACAAAACAUUUGAGGUGAAUGUUGCAACAUAA